GUGCAUCAUGGGAAACGUGUCUCCUGUUGCUCUCCUAUGUUCAUUUUCCUUUUUUUUCGUCCCUUCGUUUAAUAGCGAGAACAACGCUUUAGAGACUCAAGAAUACGUUCCCAUUUUUUCAGCCGCAAUCUGUCACUAAGUUUCCAAAGGUGAGUAGUCAUGGCCCGUACUAAGCAGACCGCCCGUAAGUCCACUGGAGGCAAAGCCCCACGUAAGCAGCUGGCCACGAAGGCUGCCCGCAAGAGCGCCCCUUCCACUGGGGGUGUCAAGAAGCCCCAUCGCUACAGGCCCGGUACCGUGGCUCUGCGUGAGAUCCGUCGUUACCAGAAGUCCACCGAGCUGCUGAUCCGCAAGCUGCCCUUCCAGCGCCUGGUGAGGGAAAUCGCGCAGGACUUCAAGACCGAUCUGCGUUUCCAGAGCGCAGCCAUCGGGGCUCUGCAGGAGGCCAGCGAGGCCUACCUGGUGGGUCUGUUUGAGGACACCAACUUGUGCGCCAUCCACGCCAAGCGUGUCACCAUCAUGCCCAAAGACAUCCAGCUGGCCCGCCGCAUCCGCGGGGAGCGCGCUUAAAAUGCUCUCCUUUCGUCCCGUCACCACUCUUUACAUCCCCGUCCUCCCUCUAUAGUCGUUUGGUUUGAGGUCCUAUAUAUAGAUCUAUCUAUAUAUAGAUAUAUAUAUAUAUAUAUCUCGUAUGAUUGUAAUAACCGUAAAAUGUGUGAUCAUGUCUUCUUUGGUGCUACUAGUAGCAGUUCCCUUUGAGAUAUCUUCUUGUAUGUUUGAACUUUUGAAUCAGUUACACUCCUAACUAGCUAGCUCACAGGUAUACUUGUUAUCUCCAUGCAUACGGUGUUUUUACAAGCCAAGAAUAGUGUGUGAUUUGACAUAGGAAAUUUCAUUAUGACAUUGUCAUCUUUAGAUGGACAUUAAAUGGAAUUUUAUUUUUAAAAGAUUUGUUGUAAAAGUAGUAAAUUCUUUUCCCAUUUUUUUACAAUAAUGGUGUAUUUCUACUGUUAGUGUUAAAUGUAUGGAAAUACAAAAGUUUUAUUCUGGUUGUCAAUCAGAAACGUCAUUGUGUUGUAAUGACACUGCAUUUUUGCCAGAAUCAACGGCGUAUAUGUAGCAGACCUACGGUGAUCAUAUUUAGAUUUUCAGCCACGUUAUGUCCGGGUAGUGUUUUGACUUUUUGUUCCUCUCUCAGGUUGAUAUGAUAACCUAUUUUUUCUACUGUGUUUUUGAUUUAUGUUUUCGGUCAUUUUUAAAAAGCAAACUAUUUGUACUCAAAAUUCACAAACAUAAUAAACAAAUUCUUGUGGUUAAAUAA